AUGGAACUGCCACAUCAGCACCAAAGCGCCACGCCCACGCCCACGCCCACGCCCUCGUCCUCCUCUCCGCAGAAGCCGCGCUCAGCGUCGCGGGUGUCGCUGUCCCCGCUCCUCUCGACUGUCAUGGACGGGCCUGAAGUCGCUGCUCCUCCUCCGCACGAAGGGCCUUAUGUGCACGACAAGCAGCAGCAACAGCUGGAACAGCACGCAGCAGCCGCCGCCUCGCUCCAGCAGCAACAGCAGCAACUCCAAGACUACCACGCGCGCGAGCCAGCCCAGCAACACCGCCCGUACGCAGACGCCAUGGGCGCCGCUAGCGCCAAGGACCCGUCAGGCACAGGCACCGGCACCGGCACCGGCACCAACGCGGCCGACUGCCCCGCCGUCAAUGGCGAGCCCUACACGAUAGGAAAUGUGACGUUCGUGCAGCUGUGCGGGCUGAACGUGUGCCCGGAGACGUGCGACAUCGUAGGCGCGGACACGAAGCAGGGCUCCUUCGCCGAGUGUAUGGACUACUGCGCCGAGUACAACCGGCAGGUGGGCGCGCAGAAAUGCUCGGCUGUGGCGUGGGACUAUCAGCAGGUGCGCUCGAGCUUUAACAACAAGUGCUGGUUGAAGCUGGCCGCUGGGCCGCUUGUUCAUGAUAAUCCCGCCGAUGGCCUUACUGUUGCCGGCAUUAUUGUCGCGUAG